AUGAAUAAAGAUAAUCUUGGAGAUGAUUAUCAACCAAUUUCGGCAAAAGAAGAACAUGAUUUUAGGAUGUUGUUAGAGAAGAGUAACCUUACAAUUGGUGAAGCAGAGAAAUUUAGUUUUAUGUUGACGGAUCAAUUAAUGCAGUUAGAUGGAGCCAACAUUGAAAGUAUUAUGGGAAGUGAACAAGCUGUUACUGAUCUUAUGAAUGUCAUUGAUUCAGCAUUAAAUGAAACUAUUACAUUAGGUGAAAUGUCAACAGAAUUUGAUAGUUUAAUAGCAUUUGUUAGAGAGAGUGUUGAACUUAUUGAAGAAAAAUAUAGUUUAGGAAUGUUAGAAAUGAAAAAUACACAUUUAUUAAUUCAUGAAUUGGUAAAAUUUAUUGAAAGUAUUGAAAGUGUUGCUGAUGAACAUAUUUAUAUUCUUCAAAAUGCUAAUUUAAGUGAUCCAACAUCAAUUAAUAGAUGUACAAGUGCUGCUAAAGCUAUUCAAAAUUUUAUUAAAGAAGAAACACCAUUAAAAGAAAUAAAAGCUUAUCAGGAACAUUUAAAAAAUUUAAAUAAAGUUACAGAUACUUUUGUAGAUAAAUUAAUGGCACACCUCUCACCAUUAUUUACUAAUUCAAAUACUUUUAGAGAUUCAGGUGAGGAAGCUUAUGAAUUAUCAUUAAGAAAACAUAGUCAACGUUUUCAUUCACUUCUUGUUUAUUCGAAUCUUAUUUUAUGGUUAAAACAAACUAGACAUGGUGUUUAUACAGGUGCCAUUCAAAAAUAUGUAGAAUUAACAAAACAAAUCUAUAAAAAAGAUUUUCAAGUUUUUUUUGAAACAUUAAAUAAACAUUUAACACGUUUUGACAAAGGUCGCACUUUAUCUAGAACUAUGUUUACAACUGAAAAAUCAUUUGUUGAAUCUUUUCAGGAGGAAGAAACAAAUAUUCUUAAUCUUCUUGAUACAGCAUUAUUUGAAGUUAGUAGUGUUGUUGAAAGUGAACAAAAAUUUUGUACAAGAUUCUUUCAUAUUCAUACAGAUAUCUUUUCAUCUAUUGAUACACAAUCAAUUCAAUCAAGUGAUAGUGGUAGUAAAAAUAGUGAUAAGUUAUCAAAUGAUCAAGUAAGAAUAAUUAUAUCACCAUUAUUUGAUGUAGUAAAUGGUCAUCUAGAACAAUUUGCCAAAACAUGUUGUAAACAAAAUCCAUAUUCAGCAAUAACUUUAUUUGUAUCAAUGAGUAAAAAAAUAAGUAAAUAUCAAAAUACAAAUAGUUAUUUUAGUGUUAUAUUUGGAAGAUUAAUGGUAUUAAUAAAAAGACAAUUUGAUUUUUUUAUGGAAACUGAAGGUAAAUCAUAUUGUGAAGUUAAAUUAAUAAAAAGAACAAGAAUUAAAAUUAUUGAUGCUAUAGAUAGAUUUUAUAAUCUUGCUUUAAUAGCUGAAAAAUCUAUUCAAGGUGCAGAGAGGAGAAAAGAUUUAGAUCGAUGGUAUACAGAAUUAGUUAGUAAAUUAAUAACAACAAUUGAUAAAAUGGCUUCUUCACCACAUUCUAAAUCUCCAAGUAGUGUUGUAAAAUUUGAAAAUUAUCAUCAUUUAUAUUCAAGAUUAUCAGAAUUAAAAAUUGAAUGUUUGGAUAAAAAAAGAAAAGAGAUGAAAAAACUUUAUCAAGAUAACAUUGAUUUAUAUGUUAAAGAACAUAUGGGUAGACCAUUAGAAAAAAUUCACCUAUUUUUUGAAAGAAUAGAAAGAGCAAUAGAAUCUGGAAUGUCACCUGAAGAAGUUGGAUAUCAAACACAAUUUAGUAAAAAUGAACUUAAAAAAGUUAUUUCAUCAUAUCCUGGUAAAGAAAUUAAAAAAGGUCUUGAACAAUUAUAUAAAAAAAUGGAAAAACAUUUAACAGAGGAAUCAAAUCUUCUUCAAGUUGUAUGGAGAAACAUGCAAGAUACAUUCCUUAAACAAAUAAAACAUUAUCAAAAUUUGAUUGCUAAAUGUUAUAAUUCUUCAAAAAUUGAACUUGAAGUUUCAAUUGAUGAUGUAUUACAAUUUUUCAGUGAAAUAGCUCAACAACAUUAA